CCAAAAGUGAACGAUGUUGAGCAAUCUCUUCAGAAGGGUCUCCAGAGUUGCUCCGGCUGGUACAGCUGCUAACUGUCGACGAACUCUCCACUCUCCUCCUCCCCUCUCCUCCCUCAUCCCCAUUGUCGUGGAACAAACAGGAAGAGGGGAGAGAGCGUAUGACAUAUUUUCACGACUUCUAAAGGAGAGAAUCAUAUGUCUGAUGGGACCAAUCAACGACGAGUACUCUAGUCUGAUAGUGGCACAGUUGCUGUAUCUCCAGUCGGAGGACCCCAAAAUGCCCAUUCACAUGUACAUCAACAGUCCAGGAGGUUCGGUGACGGCAGGUCUGGGUAUCUACGACACGAUGCAGUACGUGAGACCUCCAGUGGCCACCUGGUGCGUGGGGCAGGCCUGCAGCAUGGGGGCAUUCCUACUGGCGGCCGGUCAGAGUGGUCUCAGACACGCCCUACCCAACUCCAGGGUGAUGAUUCACCAGCCUCAUGGCGCCACGGGGGGCCAAGCAAGCGACAUAGCAAUCCAUGCCGAGGAAUUCAUCAAGCUGAAGUCGCUACUCAAUAGACUGCUGGCUCAGCACACUGGACAGCCGGUGGAUACUAUUGGUGGGUGUGGUCUCUGGGUCUCAUUCUAAUUCCACAUAUCCGGGUUCCAAUAAUGUAAAAUCUCUUUCUGACUUUAACAUGUGCAACUUUGAUGCUGAACCAGAACAAGCAAUGUAAACGUUUUUGGCAAGCGAAUGAGUACAAAUAUUCGUGAUCCGGGCAGUGCUACAAUCAUGCAUUAUUAUGAGUUUGGUUUUGUUGGUUUAUCAUUCUUGUCCUGGCUUGCAGAGAAGUUGACUGACAGGGACAAGUUUAUGAGCGCGGAGGAGGCAAGGGAGUUUGGGAUGGUGGAUGCGGUGCUAGCUCACCAAUCUUCUCCCCCCGACAGCAGUAGUAACGGUGAUGGCAGUGAAGACAAAGUGCCACAGGUAGCCAGCUAGUUAGUCAACUCUCGAUAAGGACAUCAUAUUUCCCACGCUAUGAAUUCUUUCAAUUGUCGUUCUAAUGGUGUGAUCACACCUUUUGAGCAUACGACACUCCAAC